GCCAGAUGCAAGCCGAGAUGACAACCACCACGCCUCCAUCCUGGCUGCUCCCCAGUCUAUCCGAAUUCUCUCGGUUCCGCGGGACUGCACCACCGACAUGGCAGGUGGUCUUCAUCUGUCCCAUGGAGGACACAGACCGUGUUGCCCUGAUGACAACACUGAGCUCCGUGGAUGAAAAUUGGCCAGAUCGUUCCUCGACGAAACCGCGGCAAAUGGUAGAGAUCCCGUGGUUGAUGGACUGCGUUCCGCCAGCGUCAGUCAUCUGGACGAUACUCAAUAAAGACCCAGUAAUAUUCAUCGACAACCAGUCUCGCAUAGACCACACAGCGAUCAUCGCCUGGAAGGUGUCUAAGGAAUCAUCCCCGGAAGCUGCGCGGGUACCACUAAGCCGGGCUAACAUGCUGUUAGCCGUGGUGGCUGACGGUGGCAUACUACCACCGACAUACCCCCGGAUCCAGCCCGAGAUGGGCCCAGUACCGACAUUCAAGGAACCCAUUGGCGUCCUCCCACCUCAUUUAUCAGGGCUGCGCCUCGACCCAUCCACCCCGACUCUAAUCUCACUCAUCCACGUCCCGCCAGUUGUCCAGGAGAACCUCGAGGCGAUGAUCGGCCAUCGUAUCAUCAUCCACAACUGGCCGGCACACCAAGAACCCUGUUCCCGCGCGCAGCUCUACCGCAUGUUCCAGGCGGUGAAGAUCCGCCACCGCGACAUCGACGAGGCCUUCGCGCUCUUCAUCGACGAGGACUCCGAAGGCUACCACAUCGUCCGCGCCAGAGGCGCCAGCGGGUACAGCGUAUUUGACCCCCGGGACAAGCGACUGGAGCUGGGGACCCUACCCUUCGAGAAGAUCUCAGAGUUCUGGACGGCCGCCUGGAACCCAUACUCCCGGACCUCCCACCGCAUGCCCCGGGGCCCCUACCGGUACAACCCGGCCAUGUAUGACCUGAGCCUCCACGGCGGGGAGCCCAUCGUCGACCCGGACGAUAUUGCAGGCAGCCUGGGCAGCGAUGUGAUCUUCAUCCUCGACCGCAUGACACCAUCCGAGCUCCGCACGAUCCGCACAGAACUGUUCCCGUGCCCCGAUCAGGAGUACAUGUGGGUCGACGUCGCGGACCGACUGGUCUCCCCGGAUAUGCAGGGGCUGCUGGCGUACUUUGAGACCUCCGGGGACUUCGCUCACGGGAACAACCGCCCGCCGCUGCAGUUCCUGGCGGUUGACCGCCGGACGCUGGCGGAUGCGAUGGAGCCGGAUGAUGAGAGGGAGGACUGGGAGGCUAUCAUCGUCGCGUCGCACGAGGGUGGCGAUGUCUGGUUUCGGGAUGGGACGGGGCGUUCGUUUGGAUACCUCUCGACGGGGUAUGGGUACGAGCGGAGAAAUCUGGAAGAGGCGGAGGGGGUCUAUAUCAAUGUGAAUAUUUCGAACAUGAGCUGGUCGGAGAUGUGUGAGCGCUCGCCGGUGAUACACUGGAGUGCGUACCGGGCGUGGGCGGAGAACCCUUGGAGAGAAGAGUUUGCGCGGUCGUUCGGCCCGGAGGGGAUGCAGGUUUCUGAGUCGGGGUAAGGGCAUUGGCUAGGGAUAAUUGAG